AAUCAAAAGUGAAGUGGAAGUGGCUUUACCGCACCCAGAAAUUAUCAAAAAGUAUAUUUUUCCAUUUAAAGUAUUGUUUUGAUUACUGUUAAUAUAAAAAUCAAUAAUGGGUGAUCACCUCCCAGCUUGCGUUAUUGACGUGGGGACAGGCUACACGAAGCUGGGCUUCGCCGGUAAUAAGGAGCCACAGUUUAUCAUUCCUUCAGCCAUAGCGAUAAAAGAAACAGCCAAAGUGGGUGAUCAAAGCACUCGACGGAUGACUAAAGCAGUAGAAGACUUAGAUUUCUUCAUUGGCGAUGAAGCUUUCGAUGCAACUGGGUAUUCUGUUAAGUAUCCUGUACGUCACGGUCUUGUAGAAGAUUGGGACCUGAUGGAAAGAUAUAUAGAGCAAUGUGUAUUUAAAUACCUCCGAGCUGAGCCUGAAGAUCACCACUUUUUGCUUACCGAACCUCCAUUGAACACUCCCGAGAAUAGAGAAUACUUAGCUGAGAUUAUGUUUGAAUCAUUUAAUGUUCCUGGUCUAUAUAUCGCUGUGCAAGCUGUGCUUGCACUCGCUGCGUCUUGGAAGUCACGCACAUCCGUCAAACGUACAUUUACAGGCAUUGUUGUAGAUAGUGGUGAUGGUGUGACCCACAUUGUUCCAGUAGCAGAAGGCUAUGUCAUAGGAUCAUGCAUAAAGCACAUACCUAUUGCAGGUAGAAACAUAACCUCAUUUAUUCAAUCACUUCUCCGUGAACGUGAAGUUGGAAUCCCACCUGAACAAAGUUUAGAGACAGCAAAAGCAAUAAAAGAAAGAUAUAGCUAUAUUUGCCCAGACAUUGCCAAAGAAUUUGCAAAAUAUGAUUCGGACCCAGCAAAGUGGAUGAAGAAAUAUACAGGAAUAAAUGCCAUCACUAAAAAUCCAUUCGAUGUUGAUGUUGGCUAUGAACGCUUUUUAGGCCCUGAAAUAUUUUUUCAUCCAGAAUUUUCUAAUGCUGAUUUCACUGUACCUCUGAAUGAAAUGGUUGAUGAAGUAAUUCAGUCAUGUCCAAUUGAUGUCAGGAGAGGUUUGUAUGGUAAUAUUGUACUGUCAGGUGGAUCAACUAUGUUCCGAGACUUUGGGAGAAGGUUGCAACGUGACAUUAAAAGAAGUGUUGAUGCACGACUGAAACUAUCUACAAUGUUGUCUGAUGGGCGCAUCACCCCAACUCCGAUAGAUGUUCAAGUUGUUUCCCACAAUAUGCAACGUUAUGCUGUGUGGUUUGGAGGUAGUAUGUUGGCUUCUACACCAGAGUUCUAUCAAGUGUGCCACACUAAACAAGCUUACAUGGAGUAUGGUCCUAGCAUUUGCCGACACAAUCCUGUCUUUGGAACCAUGACAUAAUAAAAAUAUUCACUGCCAGUAUUAAGUCAAAUGAUAACACCGAAUUAGACUUCAAUUAUGUACUAAGCUCUCCUAAUUUGGAUUUACUUAAUAUUAUUUAAGGUAUUUUUUCUAAGGAUUGCUUUAUAAAUUAUAGUUAGGUUUCUAUGACAUUGCGAACAAAGAUUACCAUAAUGGUAUUUAUUAUAUACCUAGCAUAAAUUUAUAUUCUGGCAAAGCAUAAAGUAAAGCUAUUGGGCUAUAUGAAACAUAUUAAAGACAGCCUCACUUACAAUUGUCAUCUUAAAUACAAUUUUCAUUAAUGUAUAUGAAUAAGUCUUGUAGCUUAAUUUAAUUUUUAAUUUUUUGGACAUUUCUAAUCAUUUAAAACAACACUGAAUUUAAAAUGUAUCAUUAUUUUAAAGUAAUAUUUUAUCUUAUGUUUCAAAGCACAAGUAUUCAUUUUCAGAACCUAUUAAAUGGGUUUAAGUAUUUUUUAUGUUAUGUUACCUUUUUACACAUUUCAAUCCAUUGCAGGCUUUUCGCUUAACAUUAUUAUUUUGAAACAUUUUUUACAAGGAGAUUUUUAGUACUGAAUGUUUUAAAUCGUGAUUUUUAUUAUACUAUAAUAUUUAUGAAUGAAGGGGGGGCAGUCAUUAAUAAAAUUUGUCUUAUUGUAAUUUUAUGUUUGAAUGGUAUAUUAGAACACAAAAAUCAUUGAGUGCAAAUAAAAUUCCUUACAAGCUCAAAUAACUACUUCUGUUAUGGAGGUAAAUAGUGUUAUGCAAUAUCAAUAC